AUGGUGGAGUUCCUCAUCAACAAUGGCGCGGACGUGAAUAUCAAGACCACAGGAGAAGGACAGUCUCCGAUACAUUUCGCUGCAAAGAAUGAUGCUUGUCUUUCACUCAAGAUGUUGUUAGCUUAUGAUGCUGACAUGGGAGCCAGAGAUUAUCAGGAGAGGACUCCUUUACAGGUAAUAUUAUUUGUCUAAUUUUGGACUCAGAAAAUGGAUAACACAAAUCGCUUGUUUUUACGCCAUUACAAUCUUCCCUACUGAAAGACGUUAGAUAUAACAAGCACAUCAUUUGAUUAGUUUUUAGUUUCAGUUUUAAGCUUCAGUACAUUAGUAUAGAUGCGCGGAGUUAAACAACAGAGCGAGCUCUAAUCAAAGACUGCAUACGUCAUAACAUCAACACUUCCCUAUAUUUGAUACUUCAAGUAAUACCACUGGGGGGAAAUGUGAAGUCCACACUAUGAGAUUUGAAAUUGCGCCACUAAAUCCAUAGUAUAUCCAUAUCAUUUCGUACUGUAUCCAUAGUAUAUGCAAAUAUACAAUUAUUAUGAAUAAUCAAAAAUCCAUUCUAUUUUCAACAAAGGUCCAUACAAUUUCCAUUCGAUAGAUUUUCAAAAUGUUUCCAGUGUACAAUAGUAAAUAACAAACUAAUCACAUUGUCAAUGAAUAUUAACACACGAUCUCAAUGAAUAUUAACACACGAUACCAAUCCCCGUUGACUCCAUAGCUCAAUAUUUAGAAACCCAAAGAUGCAAGUUCGAAUCCCGCUCGAGAUAUCUAAUUCUUCGUCGUAGGCUGGAGCGUGAGAAUAAUACGAAACUAAUCUUUCAUACCUCUGAGGAUAGUUUCUGCAUUCUGGCCUAUUCCACCUCGAAAUCAUUUUCCCUGCUAUAGUGAAUCAUUGAUGUACUUAGUUUGUGAUAAAAAUGACAGUAUAAUAUAAGAAUUAAAUCUCCCAAUUCGUGAAGUAAUUUCUAUAUAAAGGGAGCUAUUGAAAGGAUAUUGCGUUUUAAAGAGCGACUCGUGAAUGAAACACUUGCUCAGGGAUGUUCUUUUAAAUUUACAAUUGAAACUGCAAUUCUUUAAUAAAAUAGUUAGGAAAUGGAUUUAGUAAAAACGUGGGCGGUGAAACAGGAUCUAGGACCUUCGUUCUAGAUAUUUGCAUAGUUGUUUGCAGUUUGAAACUUGCUAUCUUUUCCACACUUUUGCAGUAGUGGAUUAGAAAUCUGUACAGAAUUCAUAGGGCGGGCAUAAGUUUCCAUUGUCCAGGGUGGAUAUAUCUCACGAUGACGUUGCAUGGUUUUAACACAGAGGGCAAGCCAUUAACGAAGUUGGGACUUACAUGAUCAAGAUUCCAACAAUCGUAAAAAUCAUUGUAAGAACUCCAGUUCAUAAAAUUAAAGAUACUGAUAUGUAUCGAAGGAACUAGACUGUGUUCUGAAAUAACACACCCUCGAACUGACUUGACCUCGUAGCUCAGUUGGUAGAGCAUUUGACCAGCAAACCGAAGGUCGCGGAUUUGAUUCCCACCGCGGUCAAGCAAACUUUUCAACUCGCUGGAUGUGGAUACACUCAGAACAACAUCACAAACAUAUUAUCUGUUUAAUCAAAGAAAUGUGCACAGAGGGAGGGGAAAUCUUAACUUACGAUGGAUGCUGCAUACGAUUUUAAAUUCCUUCGGCACCUGGACCCAAACAUGAUGGCCUUAACGGGAAACAACAGUUAAGAAUCGAAAAGCUUUCUAGUCGAAAUAUAUUAAAGCACUUUAGUUCAAAUGCUGCCCAAAUAUGUAUUUUAUUAUGAGGAAUAAUAGCAGGGCUUUAUUAUACCAACGUUAAGCGAACUAUGUCCAAACUGCAGUAUAAGACUGCUGUACAUAAAUUACUGACAAUACAUUUUUACAGAAUGACUGGACAAAGGACGAUACGAAUGAUAUUUUACACGUAUAGCUUUACUAAAUUAAUUUGAUAAAAUGAAUAAAACAAAAUAUGCUGGAUUUUCCCAUUUCAUAGGUUGCUGCUGAAAUGAGUCGUUCUAAAGCCGCUAAACUCCUCAUUGAUAUGGGAGCACCUGCCGGAGUCUACGACAUCAAAGGAGAAGUUGCUUUAUCCCUUCUUAUCCUCAAGAUGCCUGAUGUAGCCCUUGUCGCCUUGGAUCAGUUCCAUUCAGAAGAUAUGAUCAAUAGAAAGGAAUAUUAUUUCUUGAACUAUCUUGAGGGUCCAAGGCUAUUGGAAGAUAAGGUAUCAGAUUUAUUAAGGGCCUCGUGAUAUUUUUAUAUGAAAUACGUUUAUAUGCUGCUGGGCUGACCCGCAUAGCCAGGAUGAAUCACAAAACUUUUUUCUGACCAGAAAGAUCGUUGGAAUGAACUUUAUACUGUUACUGAAAUCCAUCUCAGCUACUUCGACUUUGAAAUGUCAUUUUGGAUGUUUAUCAAGGCCGUGCUAAUAGCUUUAUUAAUGUAUAACCCUAGCGUUAAUUAAAUGGCACGCUGAUCUUCAUUUAAAUAUUACAUGCGCGCAUAAAGAUUAUAGCGAACUGUGAGUUUUGCUUAAUGAAUAAAUGUGGUUGUUAUUCAAAAUAAAAAUCUCUAUUUUCGUCUUAAGGUUGUUUACGUGUUUUUAUUUAGAAAAGCGGUGCCCGCACUCCCCUAGAAGUUUCCAUUCAGACUCAGCAGUUUGAUAUUGUCAUGCAUCCCGUCAUGCAACGGUUAAUCUACAUGAAAUGGCAGAAAUUUGGCAGGCGUGGAGCAUGGUUGGAUCUAGCUACAAAUUUACUAUUUUCCAUCCUUUGGACGGUGCUUGGUGUGACGUUACCUCACAAAGCUAAAGAGCUGUAUGAACCUCUGAGCGAGCGUUGGUGGAGACUGGUACUAGCCAUUCUGGUGAUGUUUCUGACGUUUGUUGAGAUAUUUAAACAAGUGGCUUCCGUGUAUCGUGUCAAGAAGUCAUUAACGAAAUGGAAAGGUAAGGAAGAAGUGAAAGUCUUAAAUAGCGUUAAUGAAGCUUCAUUGUGCCAUAUAAUAUAAUUAAUGAGAAGUCUAAUUUUGUAGUUUUUCAUUCACCUCAAAAGAAAUCUCAAUAUUCGAUAAAUCUUAAAAUUUACAAUAAAAUCUUACAAGAAAAGAGUAGCUCAAAGUAUUUGGGAAUCAUUAUUGAUCACUAUUUAAAUUGGAAGGAGCAUGUGAAAAAUGAUAUGUUGCAUAUAGAGAUUGACUACUUGUUAUUUCACGUGGCUAAACUCUUUUUCUACGUUCCUUCUGCGGCCAUACCAAAGACAGAUUAGACUUCAAUAGUAUUUAUUUAAACACAACUCAAUGUGUCCAUUUCUGGCUUAUCGUAGAAACUCACGACUUGUAAUUGAUGGAGACUUAGUCAGCCAGGCGCAAUCUUAGUCAGCCAGGCGCAAUCAGGAGCCCUACGUAACAUUGCCUUUUUACAGCAGGAGGAAACCAUUACGAAAAAUGUUCAGAAGAUUUAAUUAAAGCUAUCCCUAGCUUCCUGCCGUAGCGGGAUAAGCUCUGCCAACAAGCUGUCAACCCUUUUAGGCUACGUUCUGAAAUCAUCUAUGUAAUUUACCGGAUGUGAGGUCCGGAUAAAAAGUUUGUGUCCGAGGUCUCAAAAACGGCCCGAGACGCUGCCGCUAAGGGACUAACAUACAUGUGUUUGUAAAAUUAGAUGAUUUAGCAGGUGUAAAGUUAAAUUCAUUAAAAUUCCAGUAUUGCAAUACAAACUAAUUUAAAGCGAGGCAAGAAACACACAAAAAGGCAUACAGUUUCAGUCAACAUGUGCAUUCUUUUCUCGUGAAUCUGGUAGAAGAUCAUAAGAAUGAAACGUUUAGGCCUUGUAUUACGGUAUUCACAAAUUCAAUUGCUUCCGAGAACGACAGUUUCACUUGCUUUACCCAAACCAGAGCGAGUCGGUCGCGUUUCUGAGCUUGCUGGAUGAAAAAAUCCGGUCUGCUCUGAAAGACUCCUCAGCCAAUCAGAUUGCUUCAUUUUCAGCGAUGAUAACAAGUUGUAAACUUCUCUUGUGACCGUGGAUUCUAUCUCUGAGAUCCUAUGAUUUAUUUUCCAGGAUAUCGUGAAAAAGAAUUGGAAAGAGAUCUGCCGUUCUGUCACCCAAGAUGGCCGGAUGAGAAACGUUAUUUAGAUGGUGAAAUAAAAGCUGUGAGAGAGGAACGUUUGUUAAGCUCUCAAGAUGGAUGGUUUUAUAUUGACUGGGUUGCUCUCAUUCUUAUUAUGGGAUCUGCCAUCUCGCAUGCAACAUUCUUCUUCCUCGAUACAGAGAAAGUUUACAACAUUCAUAUCCGUUUUGUUUGUGUUUUGUUGAUCGUGAUUUGGUUCAGAAUUAUGAAGUAUGCUCGUCCUUUCAAAGGUCCCGGACCCUUUGUCGCACUCUUCAGUCACAUGCUCGGCGACAUCUUGAAAUGGGUAUUUUUGUUCCUGGUAUUUUUCAUUCCAUAUACAGCCUGUUUCUGGAUGAUUUUCGGGGGUUAUAGCACCAACCCAGCAGAAGGAUAUGACACCUUGCCUAAACUACUCUAUUCAGGUAUUCAUAUGUACUCUUAGGUAUUUAUAUGUACUCUUAGGUAUUUAUAUGUACUCUCAGGUAUUUAUAUGUACUCUCAGGUAUUUAUAUGUACUCUCAGGUAUUUAUAUGUACUCUUAGGUAUUUAUAUGUACUCUCAGGUAUUUAUAUGUACUCUCAGGUAUUUAUAUGUACUCUCCGGUAUUUAUAUGUACUCUCAGGUAUUUAUAUGUACUUCUCAUGUAUUUACUUGUACAGAAAUUAUCAUGGGCGGGCUGCGGGCAGGCUACCGGUUGCUCAAUAGCCAGAUAUUUUAAUCCCCUGUUAAUAAAAGCUUCAAAACAUUAAUCUUCCCAACAGUUUUGUUUUUAAACAUGGAAAUAUUUUCCGAGAAAUCUUGUCUGGAUCAACAAUUCCAUGUUUUGGAAUAAACAGACACACAGAAAUACACAAACGAAAACAGCAGGUUAAAUUAUCGGUUAGCCAUGUAUUUUUUGGAUGGGGGGAGAAGAGGGUUCUAGUUUCAGUAUCUUGAGGAAGAAAGCACACUUUCAAUCCACUUCUUUGCCAUAAAUCAAGAUAAAAAAGUUCAUAAUUCGUACUGGGUCCGUUGAAGGUGAAGUAGCACUAACUCUGGGUUAAAAUUUAAGAAAAUAUGAAAAGAAAAAAAUUCGGAUUCAAAUCUUGAAUUUCACGAUGGCAUUAUUAUUCGCAAUUUAUUUUUUUUAUAUUUGUAUGAAUUAAAAUUUUUAAAAUUCAAAUAUCACUUUUAAACUUAUGCCAAAAGGCAAUUGAAAUAUUGCAACUUGUAACUGCAAGAACCUUUGAGAUUUCCCAUAUUAAAAAGUGUAAGAUAAAACACGAUCCGAAGAAUGGCAUUUUGAAACUCUAGAUAUAGAUAAUUCAAGACAAGACGAGAAUGACUUGUGAUAUUUAUUUCAAACUAUGAUCAAACUACCUUAAAUUACUAGAUAUACAAGGCCUUUCAUAGAAGCUGGUAUGGUAUAAUAUGUAGGUUGGCUGAUAUGGCAUUUCUUCAUUACAAAAAAUAUUUACAUGCAGUAAAAUCCCGACAACAAAGGUGUGGAGUACAAAGUGUGCAAAAUUCCUACUGUGAUCACAGAAACUUUGAUUGUGUAAAGCGACUUUAAAGAAAACUGCCGAUUCUUUGCUACACUUUUCCUAUUUAAUCAACGAUUAUUUUUCUAUCUUUUAGUAUUCGGCAUGACAGUCCUGGAUAAUUACGCAUUUGAAUCAUUGGAGGAAAAAGAUGCGACAAUGGCAAGAGUGUUAUGUGGCUCAUAUAUCUCCAUCUGUUCCAUCAUUAUACUAAACCUCCUCAUCGCUCUCUUGGCAGAUACGUUUACACGUGUUUAUGAAAAUGCUAUUGAAAAUGCAGCGAUGCAACGAGCUAAGACAAUUCUCAAUCUAGAACAAUCACUAAGGAAAACACACAAACGAAGUUAUUAUGACUUCAUUCGAGAACACUGCAGUCCUGAAGUCAAGGAUUAUGAUGCACAGGAUGAGGUAGAUUGUUUUCAUAUUUAUCUAAAGCCUGAAUCACCUGAAUGAGACGCGGAUGAGUGUACAUGAGAGUUGACAAUAACGCCACCUUGGUUAAUGGUUACCUAUCAUUGCUAUGUACUCGAAAAAAUGAAUAUAAAAAUGUAACUAUUCAAAUUUCGCCAUAAACUUCGAAUAGUACGCAACAGUGAGAUCAGCAAGUCAUUUUCAUACCCAAAAUGGCGAUGGUGUAAAGUUAGUCGUAUCGUAUAAAUUAACAUUUACAUGUUUUAAUGCUUUCCCAUCAUUAUCGUUCAUUCGAAGUUAAGACGUUUUGAAAUACUUUAUAACCAUUUAUUUUGCUAAUCGAGAGUUUAAAAUGCCAGUAACAAUUUGUGACAGGAAUCUCUCAUCAGCUCUGGUCCUCGUUUAACCGGGUAUUAAGAAAUAACCAGGAUUUUGGUGUUGCAUGUUCAAUUAUUGGCACACAAAUUACGUCAUAACUUGGUAAGAACAAAAAGUGGUUCAGCAUUCUCCUGGGGGAGUGAGUCACCAGUGUUCUUUACUCAUUAUCAAUCCCUACUUAGCUAAACAGACAACACGUACUACUCGGGCCAGGGUAAUAUUGAGAGGUAUGAGAGGCUAAAGCACGAACAAAAGAUAUGUAUACACGUGUCAACUGUGGUAACCUGUAAUAAAAAGUUAAACGGCGCACACUUUGACUCGAGAUUUUAUGAGAAAGUUACAAUUGAAAUGUCUUGAAACUUUCCUGAAAUGGCGUUAUCUGCUCAAGAGAUCACAGUCAAAAAUGAACACAGAGUGUUACAUAUUAGAGAAAGAAACAUGUGUACGAGAAGAGAAUUAGAAUUUAAAGGUUUUCUUGUCAUAUCAGCUGGUAUCAGAUUUAAUGAAAUCCAGCUUUAGGUGGAGACUCUAGAAUUGAGUUUUAUUUUAUUUUCUGCAUAAUAUCACUGUCUUAAAAUGACCUAAAUUUUCAUCAGUCAAUCAGAGGUGGAAAAAAAUAUUAGGCUUUUUGGGAUCAAAGGGAGUGCCCGGGAGUGCCUGGGGAUGCCCUGAAGCGCCCGGGAGCGCGUGAGAACGUCCGGGGAUAUACAAGAUAGUAUAAAUCAGUGCACGAUCUUUUUGAAUCUCUAUGAGGCAAAAUCUCAUAAACUAAGUCCAAAAAGACUAAAAAAGGAUUGUGCAUUGAUUUAUACUAUCUUGUAUAUCCCCGGGCGUACUCACGUUCUCCCGGGCGCUUCAGGGCGUCCCCGGGCACUCCAGGCCGCUCCGGGCAGUAUUUAGUAGGACCGGAUCAAAGAGAACAUUGAGAAAAUCUAUGCGAAUAAUCAAGUAAAUCGGCAUUCGGACACUAUAUGUAGCACUAACAAGAUGUCAAAUUUAUUGUCACGCUAUAUUUUAACAGAAAAAUAUUAAUUUCAGUGCAUUGAGAAUCUAAUUAGUACCUUUAGGAAUAGAACAAACGACCAUAAGCAGUAGACGCAGCGCACCAUGUGUCCGUCCUAACUGCCGUUUCCGGAACGUCUCGCCGCGUCUUACAAGCGUGCAAACACUCGCACAUUUUACUGCGGUAUUACGACACACUUCCGAGAGCGUUCGAGAGUGUAAACGAUUAAUCUUCAACGGUGUAAGUAGCGUCAAUAAUAAGAGAGUUCAGCUGAUACAACUACCUGAAAAUACAAGUAUUUUGAGAGAACUGCUUGUAUUUUUAGGUAGUUACAUUCCUAUCAUACUUUCUUAACCGAUUCCUUAUUAUUUUACAAUCAUUUACAUUUGUUCUCCUUCUAGGCAGGAAAUGAUCGCGAUAAGAAAAGACAAAUGGAUGAAAUGAGAUUACAAGUGAACGAUAUUUUCUUAUUAAUCAAUGAAAGAUUUGGUAAGCGUUUUGGUGAAGCUCAAAAAUCAGAUCUUGAUGAACUCAUGGAAAAGAUGACAACUGUGUCGGUGGAAACAUCAAAGAUUCGUACAUCAGUUCAACUUACUAUGAUACGACUUAAAGCAUUGGAACAGACGGUAAAGAGCAACGGUAGUGUGCAAAUACAAAAUGAAGCUAGCACCCCAGCUGAGUCAACGACACAAACCCGACGUCCGUCUAAUAUCAGUGUACAUUCAACAUCUUCCGAAAGAAAAUCUCGAAGUGGGCGUUCAACUAAACAACGUGUUUUGUCUGAGCCUAACAUCCAGAAGAAACGUGAACGACAAGAAGGUAAAUAUGCUACGAUUUCUGGGCAACAGAAGACAUCAUCGCGACCUCAUUCACGCGCAUCUUUGAAAUCUGUUGACAGUAAGAGGCAACGUGAAUCCAGUAGACCACCUUCACGUGAAGGAAUCCUGGAAGAGCAUGUUGUAGCACGUGAGGAGCCAAGCAAGUUUGAAUACAUUAGUGCAACUGAUGAUGAUGUCCGCCCCACUGAGCAUGCUCAGACUACUCAACCCACAAUGCCACAGGAUCGGGCAUCGUCUUCAGAAGAGGAAACCAUUCUAAACGAUUUUGAAGACGAAAGCAGUUCAUUAACCGCAGAUAUCCAUGAUAAGAAACGUCAAGCUGUAGAUAAGAAAGGAAAAUUACCAAAACAGACAUCUAUAAGCAAAAUGCCAAAAACGUUGGCUGAUGUAUUUAAGAAAGCAAAGCGUAAGGCAAGAUUGUCAAGUGAUAGUUCCCAGCUCUCCCAGCGCGACGACGAUACGAGAGAGGUGGCGCCAGAAAUGUCACAACAAAGUCAAACGGUUCAACCUCGGUCUAACUUGGCUCCAUUAGCACCACGAAGUGAUCUUUCCGACACUUCAUACGUCACCACUGACAAUUAGCUCUUUUUCCAAAGCAGUUUUGAUUCGGAGUACGUUUUUCAAGAAAUGAAUAAAUUUAUUUAGUUCGAUUUAAUUAAGGCACGCAUUCCAAAAAAAUAUUUAAACGACAGUAUCAUAAACUGUAAAUAUAAAUCAUAAAACUUAUUUUUGCUUCAUCAUUGCAUUCAGCUAUGUUAGAAGUGAAUUCGCGCUGUAUUAUAAUUUAUGCAGACCAUAAGUGCACGACUGACAAUAACAACUAAUAUGACUAAAAUUAAACUGCCCAAGAAAUGGUGGUUUAUGUAUCACAGUGAGCUCUAUAUAUAUUUCUGGAGUAAAAACGUGAGUCAUUUGGCGGUUAUUUCCGGCAGUCAGGCUUGAGAAAACUGAAGCCAAGAUGGCGCAAAAUGAUGUUCAAUGUUUAUGAAAGUCGUAAACUAAUUUCCCAAUUAGAUCCCGUUUUUCCCACAGAUCGUAUCGCUAAUCACGUUAUCAGGUUCACAAACCACAGUACUCUUCUUUAAGACCAUGUCACACUAUUGCGUAUGAGAGAAACGUAUGAGAAGCGUAUCAAAAUUAAUGAAAUAAUUUUCAUACGCACAAAAAUCUUUUGAAAUGCCAGCGUAUGAGUACCGUACAUCUGGCGUACCUCUAGCGUAUUCAGCGUGUGCCUAGAGUAUGCCUAUCGUAUAAAGCAUUACGUUCGAUACGCACAAAAUUUUUGAACAUGCUUAAAAAAAUUUUCUGCCUCGCCGUAUGCCAGCGUACGCCACCGUAUGCGACCGUGCUUGAAACGU